AUGGACUUCACCGGCCUGGAGGCCGCCACCGGACUCCGGUUUAGCUGGAAUGUUUGGCCGUGCUCGCCCGAGGAGGCCGCAAAGGUGGAGGUGCCGAUCGGAUGUCUGUUCACACCUCUCAAGCCGGCCGACCCGGAGGGAAAUGCCAAGAUCCCGGUCGUGGACUACUCCCCGGUCCGAUGCCGCAACAGCGGUGUAUUUCUUAACCCCUACUGCCACAUCGACUUCAGGGGAAAGACAUGGACCUGCCCUAUCUCGAUGAACCGCAACCCCUUGCCUCCCUCACACGCCGAGCACAUAUCGCCGGAAAACCUGCCUCUGGAGCUCGUCAACCUCACCAUGGAGUACAUUAUUCCUACCAGUGUCUCCAACGGUCUAUUUCCGCCCACCUUCAUCUUCCUGGUUGACACGUGCGUGCCGGAGGAGGAGCUGGAGCAGCUUAAAGACUCGCUGCAGCAGGUUGUGAGCAUGCUUCCCCAGGAUGUUCAAAUUGGGUUGAUUACGUUCGGCUCGGUCAUCAAGAUUCACGACCUCAGCGACUCGGAGAUACCCAGGUGCCACGUGCUCAGGGGCACCCACCACCACGACGCCGACUACCUCAAGAAGAUACUCAAUCUGGCGCAGCAACACCAGAGGUUUGUGCAGCCGCUCUCGCAGUGCGAGUACAUGUUCAACACCUUCCUUGACCAGCUCAUGCCCGACGCCUGGCCGGUUGCGCAGAACUCCAGGCAGAACCGGUGCACGGGUUCGGCUCUCAGCGCUGCUGUCGCGCUCAUGGAGGUUGCUUGCCCCAACAGGGGUGCGCGCGCCAUGCUGUUCACUGGUGGCGCCUGCACCCUGGGUCCCGGAAAGGUGGUUGACCUUUCCCUCAGCGAGUCCAUCAGGCACCACCUCGACCUGCAGAAGGACCACCACAACGCCAGGUUCGUCAAGGACGCGCUCACUUUCUACACUACUGUCGCGAGCCGUUGCGCUAAGAACGCCCAUGCGAUUGACAUAUUCGCGUGCUCACUUGACCAGUCCGGUCUGUACGAAAUGAAGGUGUGCUGUGACAAGACAGGUGGAUACAUGGUCAUGAGUGACUCUUUUUCCAUGAAUGUCUUCAAGGAUUCGCUGAAGACCGUAUUUAGUUUGGACUCAACGGGAAAUUUGAAGCAGGGAUAUUGCGCUAAAAUAGAGGUGUUCUGCACCAAGGAGCUGCAGGUGAGCGGCGUGAUGGGCGGAUGCAGCAGCACCAACAAAAAGGGACCCAACGUGUCUCCUAACGUUAUCGGAGAGGGAGGCACAACUGAGUGGGUGGUCGGCGCUAUCGACCCGAAAUCCACACUGGCGUUCUAUUUCGAUGUGACGGACGGGUCGUCCACGGCCACCUCUUUGUUGAGCAACGCUAUAAGCACAAUCGGUGCUUCUAACAAGAACAAGUUUAGGCCCUCUGAGAAUGCGGGGAAAACUGCGUUCAUUCAGUUCCAAACCGUGUACUUCCACUCGAGCGGUCAGAAGCGCCUCAGGGUCACAUCGUUCAGCUGCAAGUACGCACAGCCAAACAUCACCCAUCUCGCUCCCUCGUUCGACCAGGAAGCGGCUGCGGUUCUCAUGGCCAGGUAUGCCUUCUACAAGAGUGAGACUGAGGACUCCAUCGCGGUGCUGCGCUGGCUGGACAAGAGCCUCAUCAGCCUCAUAGCCAAGUUCGCCGACUACCAGAGGAACGACGUGCACACAUUCAGGCUCGCUAACGAGUUCUCCAUCUACCCGCAGUUCAUGUACCACCUGAGGAGGUCGCACUUCCUGCAGACGUUCAACGCCAGUCCCGACGAGACGGCGUUCUACCGCACGGUGUUCAUGAGGGAGAACGUCAUCAACAGCCUCAUUAUGAUCCAGCCUGCGCUGCUGGAGUACUCCUUCGAGAAGCCCACGCCGCACCCGGUGCUGCUCGACGCGUGCUCUUUGAAGCAGAACGUCAUCCUCAUGCUGGACUCGUUCUUCUACGUCAUCAUCUGGUACGGAGACAUGAUCCACCAGUGGCGCGAGCAGGGCUUCCAGGACAAGCCUGACUACGCCCACUUCAAGGAGCUGCUGCAGGCCCCCGCGAGCGACGCGAACCACAUCCUCAGCGAGCGCUUCCCGACGCCGAAGUUCAUUCUGUGCAACCAGGGAGGAAGCCAGGCGAGGUUCCUGCUCGCCAAGGUCAACCCCUCGCAGACACACAAAUCGGGAUACGGCGACUACCCUGAAGAUGCGCAGGUCGUCAACACCGACGACGUCUCUCUCAAGACGUUCAUGGAGCACCUUGUUAAGCUGGUCGUCCAGUCGUAG